UAGGAACCCAAGAAUGGGACCCCUUCUUCCACUAGGAAACUUUAGAAAUCCCACCAAACUCGCUCGCUCGGUGGAGACCUGGAGUUGGCGCCGUACAUAGUCGGUGACUCGCAAUGGACGCGACGAUCGGCGACCCGUUGUUGGCGGCGUCUGUGGAGAGGGCGUUCGAGAAGCAGCCAUUGCCCGGGUUAUGGGAGCAGGUGACACCGCGGGCAGUGAUCGUCUCGGUGGUGCUCUCAAUCGUCUUCUCCUUUGUGAUCCUGAAGAUCCACAUGUCGACCGGCGUGGUACCUGGUAUGAACAUGGCAGUCAGCGUCCUCAGCUUCGCCUUACUCAAGUGGUUCAUCAGCCUGGUUCGGACGUGCGGCCUCCCGACAUCGCCGUUCACGCGCCAGGAGAACUUGUUGGUGCUGACCACCGUCGUUACAGUCAUCAACUUGGCCAUCACUGGUGGAUGUGCCUUGUACAUCGUAUCAAUGACCUCUGUUGUGGCAAAGUCACUUGGUGAAGAGUCAGAUCCGAGAGACAUUGUUGAUAACUUUCCAACAGGGCGAUGGAUGUUAUUCCUACUCUUGAUUGGUCUAAUGUCUAUCUUCAUUAGUGUCCCCUUUAACCAGGUGAUGAUUCUUGACUACAGAUUACUAUUCCCGACAGGAACAGCUCAAGCUCACCUUAUUAACAGUUUUCACACCCCUCAGGGAGCUAUUGUAGCAAAGAUGCAAGUUGCGACCAUAUUUAAACUUUUCAUCGGUAGCUUUUCUUGGACUUCGUUCGCAUGGUUAUACGCUUCAGGAAAAGGUUGUGGAUUUUCAAGCUUUCCCUUGUUUGGACUAGAAAUGUAUAAGAAGAGGUUCUUCUUUGACUUUUCUACAACAUUUAUUGGUGUGGGAAUGAUUUGCCCACCUAUGGUAAAUAUUACAUUGCUAGUCGGAGGCAUCACAUCAUGGGGUUUUUUGUUCCCUUUUCUCGAAACAAAAAGUGGGCAAUGGUAUCACACUAGUAAUCCAACAAGUUUAGUUGGAUCAAAUGGAUACAAGGUCUUUAUUACAGUUACACUUAUCGUUGUUGAUGGUAUUUAUAACUUCAUUAUACUACUUGUCACUGCCUUCAUUGACUUCAAACAAAAACAACAAGAAACAGAUUCAGUGGUGGGGAACUACUUGAGAAAACACCCGAGUCUUAAUUAUGAUGAUCGUAGAAGGAUUGAGGUAUUCCUUGAAAAUAGAAUACCUUUUUCCAUACCAGUGACUGCAUACGUGGUGUGUGCAAUAAUCUGUGGAAUUAUUAUCCCAAGGAUGUUCUACCAGAUAACUUUCUUUAAUGUCCUUACAAUUUACAUUAUUAUACCGAUACUUGCGCUCACCAAUACCUAUGCAACUGGGCUCACGGACUGGAAUGUUGCAUAUACUUACGCCAAGUUCACAAUCUUCAUCGUCUCAGCAUGGGUUGCCAAACCUGGUGCAAUUAUCGCUAGCCUUGUAGCAUGUGGGCUAGUGGUGUCAGCACUUCAUGUUUCCUCGCAAGCAACACAAGACGUGAAGACAGGUUACAUGACACUAACCUCACAACGAGCCCUGGUCAUCAUGCAAAUUUUGGGUAUAAUCACUGGUUCAAUUCUUACCCCAUGCAUCUUCCGUGCCUUCCAAAACACGGCCAAGGCACACAUUCCCAUUGGAGCACCAGACUCAGAAUACCCAUGUCCAUACGCUGGGGUUUAUCGUUCCAUCGCGGUGGUUGGCAUAGGAGGUGUCAAGGAGCUCCCUGACCAUUGUCUAAAGUUUUGCUUUGCUGCAGCUUGCUUUGCCAUUGCAGUCAACACACUCUCAAUUGUGUCUCAGAGGAAAGGCUGGAAAAUAAUGAACUACAUUCCCAAUGUCACCGUGUUUGCAUUGCCAUUCUUCAUUGGAUCAUCUGGCCCCAUUGAUAUGUGCAUAGGCACUAUAGUGAUGUUUGUAUGGACUAAAAUUAAUAGCCAAAGUGCCAUUUUACUAUCAUCAGCAGUUGCAGCAGGCUUGAUGUGUGGAGACGGGCUAUUUGCACUACCAUCAUCAAUGCUCACCCUUUUCAGUGUGGAGCCACCCAUGUGCAUGAAGUUCAUUCAGAGCGGAAAACAACUUGACUUGGCAGAUUCCUUCAUAAAAACUAUCUCCGCGCCUACAAAGCCAUGAGGAAUGCAUUUCACAGGUAAAAGUAACUAAAUAUUUGUUUGGACAUAUGUCUCUGAGGGUGGAUCAAGCAAUACUUUGUAGCUAUCAACAAGUCGAUCAAGGAUUACAAAUAGUACUGCAAACAUUAAUGUACUGCAAACACUAUAUCAACAUUGUGGCAUUGAAAUAGUAGGCAUUGCAGAAACUAUACAAAAAGUGAUGAUCCCAGGAAUUCAGCUUUAAUGUAAGAGUGGGUGCAUUCUCUUAAUGCACAUUAAUGUACUUCUCUAUAUCAUGUUAUAAUUAUUUACUUACUAAGAGUGUGUAAGUACACCCACACUAUUACACUCUCUUUGUAGUUUCAUAAUGUCAAAACAUAGUGGUAACCUAUGUAGGCACAAAUUCCUCAAUGUAUUGUUAUUCAAUGGGUAGGUGUUUA